AGACAUUGAUCCUGAGUAAAUGUAAAAUCCUAAAACGACACUAACUGUAACGACUGACAUCGUUUUCCCAUUUGUUUGUGCAGUUUAAUUUCUGUGAAAAUGAUGCUUGUUGUGCUGCAGCAAAUGUUUCAUUUGUACAAAGCAGUUGACGCCUGUUCCUGUUUAGCGUUUGUUCCUUUAUUCUAGACAUCCUACGGCUCCAGGUCUCCAUCUAGUGGUCUGAUAGAAGAACAUCAGCUGAAGGGAAUACAGAAGAUCUAAUCAGUAGAUCUUUGAUGUGCUUCCUCCAAAAAAAGAAAAGAAAAACAUGUGUGACCUGAAUUUCAGGUGAAUUUAGCAGCAUGGAUGGUCAUGAGGAUGGAGAGGAGGGAGUCCCUCCCUCACAAACACCUCCGUGUGAGAAAGACGAGAACCACAGCCAAGCUCAGAAGACCGAACCAGAACCAGAACCAGAACAUGAUCCCAGCUGUGUUUCCUUGAAGAGCAACAGGUCAAGAGACAUUAUCACUACGUUUAAAGACCGGCCUUCUGCUGCAGAGAGGACUGAACCAGAACCAGAACCAGAACAUGAUCCCAGCUGUGUUUCCUUGAAGAGCAACAGGUCAAGAGACAUUAUCACUACGUUUAAAGACCGGCCUUCUGCUGCAGAGAGGACUGAACCAGAACCAGAACCAGAACAUGAUCCCAGUUGUGUUUCCUUGAAGAGCGACAGGUCAAGAGACAUUAUCACUACGUUUAAAGACCGGCCUCCUGCUGCAGAGAGAGUUGAGCAGCAGAGCUCAGAGCCUCCCAUUCGUCAGUCUGUCCAGCAGCAGCAAACAGAUCUGGACUCCACAUUAAUGAUGCUGGAGGAGAACAUUGCAAUGUUUGUGAAGAAGGAGAUGAAGAACAUCCAUAGGGUUCUGAGUGCAGAUUACCCAGAAUCUAUAGAAAAUCAGAGUGAGGAUGAGAAGGUGUUUGAGGGUGAGAAUGAAGAGCAAAGAAGAAGCAAACAAGCAUUUUUGAAGAUCGCAUUGUUCUUCUUGAGGAUAAUGAAGCAGGAAGAGCUGGCUGACCGUCUGGAGAGCAAACAAGUUGCUUCUGUCUGUCAACGACAGCUCAAGUUGAGGCAAGAGGACACAUGCAAGUGUGUAUUUGAAGGGAUAGCAAAAGCAGGAAAUCCAACCCUUCUGAAUGACAUCUACACAGAACUCUUCAUCACAGAGGGAUGGACAGCUGAAGUCAAUCAAAAACAUGAAGCCAUACAAAUCGAAGCUGCAUCUUGGAAACAAGACAUGAAGGAAACAAAAAUCAGACCCGAAGACAUAUUCAAACUGCUACCUGGAAGAGUUGAACCAAUCAAAACAGUGAUGACGAAGGGGGUGGCCGGUAUUGGAAAAACUGUCCUAACGCAGAAGUUCACUCUGGACUGGGCUGAAGGCAAAACCAACCAAGACAUCCAGUUCACAUUUCCAUUCACCUUCAGAGAGCUCAACGUGCUGAAAGAGACAAAGUUCAGCUUGGUGGAACUUAUUCAUCGCUUCUUCCCUGAAACCAAAGGAAUCUGCAGGUUUGAGAAGUUCCGGGUCGUCUUCAUCUUCGACGGUCUUGACGAGUGUCGACUUCCUCUGGACUUCCACAACAAUGAGGUCCUGGCUGAUGUUACAGAAUCCAGCUCUGUAGAUGUUCUGCUGACAAACCUCAUCAGGGGGAAACUGCUUCCCUCUGCUCAAAUCUGGAUCCUCACAAGACCUGCAGCUGCCAGUCUAAUCCCCCCUGACUGUGUUGACAUGGUGACAGAAGUCAGGGGAUUUAAGGACACACAGAAAGAAGAGUAUUUCAGGAAGAGAUUCAAAGAUGAAGAGAUGGCUAGUAGAAUCAUCCCCCACAUUGAGACAUCACAAAGUCUCCACAUCAUGUGCCACAUCCCCGUCUUCUGCUGGAUCACUGCUACAGUUCUGGAGAAACUGUUGAAAACCACAAAGUCUCGAGAGCUCCCCAAGACCCUGACUGAGAUGUACAUCCACUUCCUGGUGGUUCAGGCCAAACUGAAGAAGGUCAAGUAUGAUGGAGGAGCUGAGACAGAUCCUCACUGGAGUCCAGAGAGCAGAAAGAUGAUUGAGUCUCUGGGAAAACUGGCCUUUGAGGAGCUGCAGAAAGGAAACCUGAUCUUCUAUGAAUCAGACCUGAGAGAGUCUCACAUCGAUAUCAGAGAAGCCUCAGUGUACUCAGGAGUGUUCACACAGAUCUUUAAAGAGGAGAAAGGAUUGUACAAGGACAAGGUGUUCUGCUUCAUUCAUCUGAGUUUUCAGGAGUUUCUGGCUGCUCUUCAUGUCCAUCUGACCUUCAUCAACUCUGGUGUCAACCUCUUAAAGGAACAACAGCUGGACACCCGUAAUAAGUCUAAAAGAAAAAGAGAUGGAGCUGAUGAGAGAACUUUCUACCAGAGUGCUGUGGACAAGGCCUUGCAGAGUCCAAAUGGACAUCUGGACUUGUUCCUUCGCUUCCUCCUUGGUCUUUCACUUGAAACCAAUCAAUCUCUCCUAAAAGGUCUGCUGACUAAGACAGGAAGGAGUUCACAGAUCAAUCGUGAAGCAGCCCAGUACAUUAAGAAGAAGAUCGAGGAGAAUCCAUGCCCAGAGAAGUGCAUCAAUCUGUUCCACUGUCUGAAUGAACUUAAUGAUCAUUCUCUGGUCGAGGAGAUCCAACAGUACCUGAGUUCAGGCAGUCUCUGCACAGACAAACUGUCUCCUGCUCAGUGGUCAGCUCUGGUCUUCAUCUUACUGUCAUCAAAAAAAGACCUGGAGGUGUUUGACCUGAAGAAAUACUCGGCUACAGAGGAGGCUCUACUGAGGCUGCUGCCAGUGGUCAAAGCUUCCAAGAAAGCUCUACUAAGUCUCUGUAAUCUGUCAGAGAGAAGCUGCAGAGCUCUGUCUUCAGUUCUCAGCUCUAAGUCCACCAGACUGACAGAACUGGACCUGAGCAACAACGAGCUGAAAGAUUCAGGAGUCAAGACGUUGUCUGUAGGACUGAAGAGUCCAGGAUGUGAACUGGAAACACUGAGACUGUCAGGCUGUCUGAUCACAGAGAAAGGCUGUGCUUCUCUGGCAUCAGCUUUGAGCUCCAACCCGUCCCAUCUGAAAGAGUUGGACCUGAGCUACAAUUGUCCAGGAAAAUCAGGGGUGAAGAUCCUCUCUGCUGGACUGAAGAAUCCACAUUGGAAACUGGAAACACUCAGGAUGGAGCCUGCUGGAGUCCAGUGGAUGAAACCAGGUCUGAAGAAGUAUUCCUGUGAACUGAGAAUCGACACAAACACAGUGAAUAAAAACAUCAAAUUGUCUGAAGACAACAGGAAGAUGACCUGGUUGAAGGAGGUUCAGUCAUAUCCUAAUCAUCCAGACAGAUUUGUUGAGUGGCCUCAGCUGCUGUGCAGAGAUGCCCUGACUGGUCGAUGUUACUGGGAGGUCCAAAAGAAGGGCAGAGUUGAGAUAUCGGUGAGUUACAGAGGAAUCGGAAGGAAAGGAGACAAGAAAGACUGUGUCUUUGGGAGGAAUGAGCAGUCCUGGAGUCUGGAGUGUUUUGAAGAUGGUCAGUAUUCUGUCAGACCAGGAUCCUAUUCCAUCUCCUCUUCCUCAGUCUCAAAUGGAGCAGCAGUUUAUGUGGACUGUCCUGCUGGGACCGUGUCCUUCUACAGUGUCUCCUCUGACAAACUGAAGCAUCUCCACACCUUCAACACCAACUUCACUGAACCUCUUUAUCCUGGAUUUGGGUUCUGGCCCGAUUCUUCUGUGACUUUGGGUUCAGCUUAGUAAUUCAUUGAACUGAAAGUCCAAUGUGUACUAGGGAUGGUAACAAUUAAUCGAUUUUAGAUAAAUUGUGGAUAAGAAAUUACUCGAUUAUAUUAAUCAAUCAACAGUUAAUCACCAUUUUAUCAUUGGGCUGUUCCGUGAUGCUGAUUUAAUGUCUCGUUCCGCUCACACGAUGGCGCCGUUGCCAUAGCCUAUUCAAAAUGUCAUGUCAUGCAUACACCUCCCUGCUUCCUUUACCGACAGCUGUCUGUUGUCCUGCAAACACAACACAGAAACCAAGAAGCAGUCGUGGUCAAAACCGAGUCCUGUGUGGGAACGAGUGGCGUAGCCACCAGUGUGUCAGGGUGUGCCUGUACCACCCACAGAGAUAGCUUGCACACCCAAAAAUGUGAUGCUUUUUUUCUGUUAUAGGCUUACUAACAUGUUGUAUUCUAAAUCUAUGCUAUUCCUAUGUAAUCAUGAUGUUCAAAAUAAUUCAAAAUAAAACUUUAUUUUAGCAUGUAAAAACUUCCGUCAGGCGAUGUGUUGCGGCACCUGCAACCGACCCUGAUUGACUGUGUUUAUGCAACUCAUCAAACGGAUUGUGGAUGGUGGACAUGAGUUCCCGUCCAUUAUUUAAGUCUUAGUCUCCUGUGACAAAGAUAUUUUCCCCAAGAUUAACUGUGUGCUCGUAUUCUGAUAUCAUUGCCUGUUACAAGUUGCUGUUUGGAGUGCCUUUUUUCAGUUGUCAACAGGAUCAGAGCCUUCAGCAGAGCGACAAUGCUCACAGAGAGACUGAGUAGACUCUUGU